UCUCUGCAGCUGUGCUCUGCUGAGCGUCACCUCCACACAGCAAGUGCCUUUACUUCAGCAGAAGAGGGAGAAAGAGGAGGAAGGUGGCUGCGAGCUCCCGAGGAAAAGAGGACUCAGGAGUGCGUCUGGACACGGCAGAGAGCCUCUCUCUACACUUCAUACAGGGGGACUAAGGAGCGCACAGAGACAGGGACAAGGAAGGGGCUGCCGUGUUGGAUUAAUGCUGCGCCGGUGGUGGUGCUGACUGGAGACAGGGGAAUCCACUGACACUGUUGAUCCCGGUAGCUCUGGCAAAAAGCUGCUCAAGAAGGAGACAGAGAGACGGAAAAGCAGACAGGAUCUCGCCAAGGGGGCAGCGUUUUACGUCGGAGAACGGAGCGUGGCGAGAGCAGAAACACACAGAGAGAGAAACAGACGCACAAACACCAGAGUGGCAACAGGACAGUCAGACACCCACUGCAUUUAAAACACCACAACAACCCUUCGUUUUUCUUCUGACUUAACCAAGAAAAAAGGAGAAUGUCUCAUCUUGGUGCCCGCGGAUGAUGGAUAAUAACUUCUGGGGAGAAAUUUCUCUUCUGGACAGAGAUUAUUUUUUUUCAUCUUCAAAGUUUACCACUUUUUUUUUCUUUCUUGCUUUUUUGGAGUUGGGCCUUUGAAUUGUCUGGGCACAACACGGCAUUGUAUUUCUUCUUAGUUACGUUGAGAUGCUUUCCCCUGAUUUAGAGUAGAAAGUGGAUUAUGACGGCAGUGAUUUGGGAUUUCUCUCUUGCGCCAUAGAGAAAAAAAAAUAGAGACCUAUACACACUCUGCUGGAUUUAUGUCUGAGAGAGAAGGAGUAGAUCUCAGGCAUUUUCUCCUCUCCUGUGGAUUACCUAUGGGUUUUCUGAUCCGCAAGCACAGUCUCAUGGAUGAUCGCUUGCUUCCAGUUAUUAGGAUAAAGUAUAAAAGGGGACACAUGUGAGUAUUGGGUUGGAUUUUUUUCCCCUCUAAAUCUUAGGCUUGAGUCAAAAAUAAUGGAUAGCUCUACUGAAAGCACAACGAUGCACCUUUUGUUUAAUCUAAUAACACAAAUUGCACCCCACUGAUUGAACAGUUAUGUUCAACAAAUGAUGAUUAAGGUGUAAAAGGUAGGCACAUCUUGACAUUUAUUAAUCCCUUUGACAAGUGAUCCUGGAUGUUUACACACCAUUUACCAAUGAGCAUCAUUUACUAAAUGAGGGGUGCUGUCUACCCGGCAGGUGGCUUGGGGACAAACAGAGAAUGAUUGAAGUGAUCUAUUUGAAUCCAAUUAAUGCUUCCUGGAUUCUUUCCAAGACAGAAGCAAUGGAGGGGAAAGCCACCAUCUAGUGUCUGGAUAAACUGAGGAACCUUUACACUUCCCAGUCAUCAGCAGUCAUCCUCUCCCAUCCCCUUCAACCCAGGCAAGGAUGGUACCCCCACCCCCCACCAACAAGCCCCACGUUUGUCUUUCCACCAUUCUUAUCAUGAGCAGCAUGGCACUGAUCGAUGCCUACCUGGUGGAGCAGAACCACGGGCCCCGCAAGAUUGGCAUCUGCAUCAUGGUGAUGGUGGGGGACAUCUGCUUCUUGAUCGUGCUGCGUUACGUGGCGGUGUGGGUGGGCGCUGAGGUGCGGACUGCCAAACGAGGCUACGCCAUGAUCCUUUGGUUCCUCUACAUCUUUGUGCUCGAGAUCAAAGUCUACUUUGUGUAUCAAAACUACAAGGCGGAUCGGAAAAGCUUGGACGCUCUCGCGAGGAAAGCCUUGACCCUGCUGCUGUCCAUUUGCAUUCCGGUGUUGUUUGUCGUGCUGGUGGCCAUUGACCACAUGGAGUACGUCCGGGCCUUCAAGAAACGGGAGGAGAUACGCAAUCGCCUCUUCUGGGUAGUGGUGGACUUGCUGGACAUACUGGACAUCCAAGCUAACCUGUGGGAGCCUCAGAAGAAAGGGCUUCCUCUGUGGGCAGAGGGCCUCAUGUUCUUCUACUGCUACAUCCUGCUCCUUGUGCUGCCCUGCGUCUCUUUGAGCGAAAUCAGCAUGCAGGGCAUCAACAUUGUCCCCCACAAGAUGCUCCUGUACCCCAUCCUCAGCCUGGUGACCAUUAACGUCAUCACGCUCUUCAUACGCGGAGGGAACAUGUUUCUGUACAGGGACGCGAGGGUAUCGGGGAUCCUGAUCGGAAAGAACAUACUGGCCAUCAUCCUAAAGACCUGCAGCUUUGUGCAAUACAGAAGACAGUUGCAGAGCACUCCUCCUGCCUUCGGAGUGGAGCUGCAGAAAAACUCGGUCGCGCACGCUCGUCCCGCGCCCACUCCACCUCAAGUGGUCAUGCAGGACCAGACGCCUCUACCCGAAGUGACAACCUGUGAACACACAUGACACAAUGAGGGGCUGAACCCUGAAAAAAAAAA